AUGGACGAAGCGGUGUCUCAUAAUGCCCUCGAAAAUGGCCAGACUACCAGUGGCUUGUAUAUUAACGAGGGUGACGGUGAUGACGACCAUCCGGGCGGACGGAGUGGUGUCGUUGACGGGCUGGAUCUGCCAUCUGUCUCUGACUUCAAAUCCCUACCAAAAUCCCCCUUAAAUUGGCUCGGCAGAGUUGUCAGUCGUAUGAACAAUAAACUCCAAUCAACUACCAUCGGCUUCCGCUCGAGACGAACCGGAUACACCGAAGCACCCCGUCAACCGCCCAGUGAAGAGAAUUUAGGCGCAUCAAACCAUGACACCUGGUAUAAUGCAACGACUGAUGUCGUGUAUGGCAUCUUGGUCUCAUCACGGGUGAACCUCCUCUUGGUGUUUGUCCCCAUAGGUUUGGCUUGUUACUUUGUGGAAGCAGGUUCAUUGACCAUAUUUAUCUUGAACGGAAUCGCCAUUAUUCCACUUUCGGCAAUACUGACAGAUGCCACUGAGCGCAUCGCUGCUCACUCAGGUGACACAUUGGGGGCUUUGCUGAAUAUCACCCUUGGUAAUCUAGUGGAGUUGAUUCUCUUAGUUGCCCUGGCCGAAAAUCACGUCCGUGUUGUUCAGGCUUCGCUUCUAGGAUCCAUUCUCGUCAAUUUGCUUCUAAUUCUUGGAUCGGCACUCCUAGCAGCAAGCGCUGGCGGAUCAAUUCCACUGUAUAACACGACAGAAGCACAACUUUUAGCGUGCUUGCUGUUCGUUUCCGUAUUUACCUUUAUCAUGCCUAGUGCCUUUGACAGAGCCUUUGAUCAUGCAGAGGAAACAGCAAGUAUUGUCUUGAAGAUGACUCGAAUAUCUUCGCUUCUCGUUCUUGGCAUAUACGUGAUUUACCUCAUCCACGAGGUCAGAACCAACAAGGGUCCAUUCAAAGACGACUAUUAUCGCGUGACGUUCAAUGGCGAAAGAGGCCAGCAGGAUGACCUUCAUUCCGAACUUGGUAGGACUGGGAAUGUAACACCAUUUGUGCUACCUCCUCGUACGAUUCGAUUUGCAGAUGAGAAUGCAGCCCUGUCGGCGGACAACGGCGUCACAAGAGACGCGAAUAGGUUCGAACUCGGCUCACUCACCUCUGAUGCCGAUAGUGACGACGACGAAGGUCCUGACGCUCGUCGCCCUCGAGGACUACGACGCAGUUUCGAAACCGACACAACACGUUCUGUGCCAAACUCACAUCUUCCACUGAUGCACGCCAGCCGGCAUGGUCGUUCCAUCUCAUGGGCUUCAAGCGGACGGCAAAUCAGCCGCGAGUCAUCAAUGAGCAGAGAUCAGCGAAUUUUCGCAAGAUCCGGCCUGACAUCAUUACAACUUCUGAGGGAUAACCGACAUAUUAGCGACUACGAACUCAAUGGGUCGCAUGCCCCUGUAGGGUCGAUUGUCGAAAUUGUAAUAUCAGUGAUCAUGCUAGCCCUUUCGUCGAUCCUGAUGUCGAUGAAUGCCGAACUUCUUGUCACUUCUAUCGACGAUGUAACGCAGCAGAGCGGGUUGUCACAUACAUUCAUUGGUCUCAUUAUUCUGCCUAUUGUGGGCAACAUCUCAGAGUACGUCACAGUGGUGACUGUUGCGAUUGCGAAUAAGCUGGACCUCGCAAUUGCUGUUGCUGUUGGCUCGUCCAUUCAAAUCGCCCUCUGCUUGGCACCGCUGAUUGUGAUCGCUGGCUGGGUAUUACAAGUCGAGUUUUCCUUGACUUUUAAUAUCUUCGAGAUGACCGUUUUGGUUGGCACGGUGCUGUUGGUGAAUCUGUUGAUAUUGAAUAGUAACAGUAGCACAUUGAAGACUAGUGGCUUGAAGGGUGCUUUGAUGUGUGCUUGCUAUGGUAUCAUAGGACUUGCGGCGUUUUUCGCUCCAGAAAGAGUUUAA